AUGCACCGCAUCGAACUCGUCCCCAGCUCAGCCUCAAGCGUUGUUCCACGGUACAGGCGACCCCCGCAUAUGGAAGAGGAAAUUGAGCGGCAGGCAGACGAACUUCUGAAAAAGGGCAAGGUUCAGCUGUCAACUAGCGCCUUUGGACACAAUCCCGUGCUGGCGAAGAAAAAGGAAGGCAGUUGGCGCGUGUGUGUGGACUUCAAGCCCCUCAACAAGAUUACAGUGAAGCAGAAGUUUCCGAUGCCCAGAGUGGACGAAAUCCUUCACCGCUUACAGCGUUCGGCGGUGUACUCACCAUUUGACUUCGCUGAGGCCUUCUUGCAGAUCCCUAUUCACCCGGAGGACAGGCACAAAACGGCGUUCCACACCCGCACUCGCAAGCUGCAGUACACUUCCUAA